CUCAGUAAAUUUUUUUUCUAAUUUUUCAUCCAUGGAAAAUAUGAGAAAUCCAGAAAAGUAUAAAAUUUUUUUUCAAUUACCCAGCAUUCCACCACCCAGGCGUAACAAAUUGACAUAUCCUGCCUUCCACGAUGCUCUGCAGCAGUCGCUCACUUAGACAGGAUUACGCCACGCUCGCCGGCACGCGCCUCCGCCUACGUCCCCUCAAGGCCUGGUUUCUGGACAGAUCGGAGUCUUUGGUGGUGGAACUGGCCCCUCUUAGCAGGGAUGACCUCCCACUUUGGCUUCAGAGCCAGCAAGUCAGCCCUACAAGCCCCUCAGCUGGGAUGGCCACACAGCAAUCCUCUGGGGCUGGUGUAUGUCCUGCUGUCCUCCAGGAGGGCAGCCCCAACAGGCCAGGCCAGACCUGGGCUCUUUCCCACACCACAUUGUCCAGUCUAGACUGGCCUUCUUCUUAUGGCCAUAGACUAUGGCCUUAUAUCCGGGGAGCCUAGCCAGAUCCCAGGGGAGGUGAAGUGGGUCCUGAUUCUCUAACCACCCCCAGGUCCCACAGCCCACGGGACAGUCCUGCAGAGAAAAGGGACCACCUGUCUCUCCAGCAUCCUGUCUCUGACCAGUGAGUGGGUCUUGCACACUGGAAGUAGCCAGACGGGAACCCAGUUCCGUAACAGGACAAGCACCGGCAGCCCCAGAGCAGGGGAGGGGACACACUGUUCCACUGUAUGACUCCCUCUGAGGCCUGCAGGCAGGGGCCUGCCACACUGGGACUCAAUGCCACAGACCCUUUGGAGUGACCGGAGAGUUCUGACAGGUGCACCGGCUGGGACCCCUCUUUGAGGUUCCUGAAUCCCUCGGCCUCCGCCACCUUGAAGACAGGAGUCUUCCCCUGGAGUGCACCACACAUGGAUUUCCCAUCUCUUAGGGUCUCAGCGAGGGCCGUGGUUGGUGCCCGAUGGUGGCCCCGCUGGCCUCCCCGUGCCCCCAGCCUGUCCCACCUGUUCUGAGCAGCUCUGUCCUCUUCGCCCACAGGCUGCGCAGCCCCUGGGUGCCCUCGUGCCUCGGGCAGCCCCGAGUCCUGCAGGGCCGCCUGACCAGGUCCUCACCCUCGCUCUGGGACAGUGCGCUGCAGGAGCAGAAGGGAGAGUUGCGCAAGCGGCUGUCCUACACCACGCACAAGCUGGAGAAGCUGGAGACGGAGUUCGACUCCACGCGCCACUACCUGGAGAUCGAGCUGCGGCGCGCGCAGGAGGAGCUAGAGAAGGUCACCGAGAAGCUGCGCAGGAUUCAGAGCAACUACCUGGCACUGCAGAGAAUCAACCAGGAGCUGGAGGGCAAGCUGUACCGCAUGGGCCAGCACUAUGAGGAAGAGAAGCGUGCACUGAGCCAUGAGAUUGUCGCCCUCAACAGUCACCUCCUGGAGGCCAAGGUGACCAUCGACAAGCUGUCAGAGGACAACGAGCUCUAUAGGAAGGACUGCAAUCUAGCGGCCCAGCUGCUGCAGUGCAGCCAGACCUACGGCAGGGCCCAUAAGGUGUCCGAGCUGCCCUCGGACUUCCAGGAGCGCGUGAGCCUGCACAUGGAGAAGCUCGGCUGCAGCCUGCCCUCCCAGCUCUGCCACCCGGCCUACGCCGACAGCGUCCCCACCUGCGUCAUCGCCAAGGUGCUGGAGAAGCCUGACCCCGCCAGCCUGUCCUCCCACCUGUCAGAUGCCUCGGCCCGUGACCUGGCCUUCCGCGAUGGAGUGGAGAAGCAGGCCCCGCGGCCCCCAUACAAAGGAGACAUCUACUGCAGCGACACAGCCCUCUACUGCCCGGAAGAACGGCGGCGUGACCGGCGACCCAGCGAGGACGCACCCGUGACAGAUGUGGGCUUCCUGCGGGCCCAGAACUCCACGGACAGUGCUGCAGAGGAGGAGGAGGAGGCCGAGGCAGCGGCCUUCCCCGCUGGUUUCCGGCGUGAGGCCUUCCCGGGCUACGCGGGCUCGCUGCCCACGUCCAGCUCCUACUCCAGCUUCAGUGCCACGUCGGAGGAGAAGGAGCACGCGCAGGCCAGCACGCUCACCGCCUCUCAGCAGGCCAUCUACCUGAACAGCCGAGACGAGCUCUUCAACCGCAAGCCGCCAGCUGCCACCUACGAGGGCAGCCCUCGCUUCGCCAAGGCUGCGGCCGCGGCGGCAGCCCCACUCGAGGCUGAGGUGGCCCCAGGAUUCAGACGGACAGUGUCUCCUUACCCAGCUGAGUCCUUCCGCUUCCCAGCCACCCCGGGCCCCCAGCAGGCCCUGAUGCCCCCAAACCUAUGGAGCCUGCGGGCCAAGCCGGGGUCCGCCCGGCUCCCUGGAGAAGACAUUCGGGGUCAGUGGCGGCCCCUGAGCGUAGAGGAUAUUGGUGCCUACUCCUAUCCAACCAGCACCGCGGGCCGGGCCUCGCCCUGCAGCUUCUCCGAACGCUACUACGGUGGCAGCGGGGGCAGCCCAGGCCAGAAGGCUGAGGGCCACGCCAGCCCCCUCUAUGCCACCUACAAGGCCGACAGCUUCUCAGAGGGCGACGACCUCUCCCAGGGUCACCUGGCAGAGCCCUGCUUCCUGCGGGCAGGUGGCGACCUGAGCCUCAGCCCCAGCCGAUCUGCUGACCCGCUCCCUGGCUAUGCGCCCAGCGAGGGAGACAGGGACAGGCUGGGGGUGCAGCUGUGUGGAGCUGGCAGCAGCCCUGAGCCUGAGCACGGCUCCAGAGACUCCUUGGAGCCUAGCUCCAUGGAGGCUUCGCCGGAAAUGCACCCUGCCGCCCGCCUCAGCCCCCAGCAGGCCUUCCCGAGGACUGGUGGCUCGGGGCUGAGCCGCAAGGACAGCCUCACGAAAGCCCAGCUCUACGGAACCUUGCUCAACUGACCGCUGCGUAAAGGCCGCGGCCGGGGCCUACGCCCCCUACUGCCCCACCCAUGUGGAAGCCAAGAGGGGCAGUCCCUCCCCAGACACCCACACUCCCCAGCCCCCACCAAGGAGGACUCUGUGCUCCCGACACCCCCUCUUCCACAACCCAGUAGAGUCUGAGACGGGGACCCUCGCUCCCCAUCCUGUCCGUCCACCCCAGCCUCGUUACUAUGGAACUCCCACUUGGAAUUUCCCACUUAGAACGUUGUCACGCACUGUCACCCCCACCCGAGGUGAGCAUUCCCCUUUUAUAAAGUGAAACUAUUUUUAUAGAGAAAAAGGGUCUUUCUAACGCGCUUGGCCCCAGCAGCCUGGCCGGGCAGCCUUGGCGUUCUCCACACAAAGCUCUUACUUCUCGGGCAAGGUGCGUGGGGCCUGCCCCUGAAAAGGGAAAGACCAAGCCCCACACGUGAGGAGACACCCAGCAAGCCGAUGACAAGGGGACCCCACCGCUCUGUCCAUGGGGAGGGGCAGUGAACCCAUUCGGGAUGUGAAAUGUUUUGACUCUUUCUCCCAGUGUGGCCAGCACAACACCCUGAGCUCUUCCGUGGCCCCUAGUCCCAAGUGGGGCCGGGACGACGUCCCAGUAUGGCCGGUGCUCCCUCCUCCCCACCCUGCUCCCAGCGCCACCUUACUCUACCUCAGAUGUAUGAGGCCCCCGACCCCUGCUCUGUGUGCCGUGAUGCAUGCCUGUCUGUCAGUGUUGUGUUUUGCAUUCAUCAAUAAAAGACACAAGUGGGAAGUA